CAUUCCAAGUAAAAAUACAUUUAUUUUGCCUGAUCCCUUAUAUUUUCUUCGGAUCAGCUGAAAAAUCAUGCCAGGGUAUAUUAAUUUAUGGUCAUAACUGUAUAUAAAACAUGACGUGUGCAAACAUCAUUUUGGUUAAAACGAUUCCUUGUGCAAUUAGCAUUUAUUCAGAAUCAAGACUAAUCUCGUUCAUCACAAAAUUUGCAUGAACACAUCUCACAAAUGAAAGUGAUCAGGUAGACUGAGCAACAGCAAUGUAAACCUUUGUGUAGUGGUCACUGUAUGCUCAACAUUUGAACAUGCUCCAGUGCACCCAUACGUAUGAUGUGAUCUUUGCUUCCGGUUCCUCUUCUAAAAAUGGCAAAAUGCAGUCAGCAAACGUUGCCUCAUUCAAUGAAGCUGCCACCCAGCCUGGCAGGUGGGCAUGUGUUGGAAACCAGCAGGCCUGUGUCAGCCCACAAUUCAGCCACACCUCCUGAGUCACACAGACUGGGAACACUGGCGUGUGAGAUUAGAGCAAGGUGGGCAAACUAUGGGUUGGGGCUACCCCUUCGGUCUUUAAUAUGUCCCUCUCCACCACUGACAAAACUCUUGUCAUAUUUAUUAUGUAAUUUUACUUUUUUUUUUUGCGAAAAAGUUUUUUUUAAUCAUUUCAUAUGCUUUUCCCCCCCAAAUGCACUUAUGUGAUUCAAUAUUUUCUGAUGAUACAGUCAUACAUUGGCCUGACUAGGGUUCAUUUUCUGCUCAGUGAGGAUGCGAAUGCUCAUCUGUCAACAUCCUUUUGCAAAUGAGGGCUACACCAUGGCCACUCGUGAAUGCUGAGGGGCUACCAGUUCCAAAUUCAGAAAUAACAGCUCAUCAUCCAUCCAUUUUCUAAUCCGCUUGUCCUCACAAGGGUUGCGAGCAUGCUGGAGCCUAUCCCCAGCUCUCAGAAGGCGAGGUACACCCUGAACUGGUUGCCACACAUAGACGAACAACCAUUCAUGCUUACACUCACACCGAGGGACAAUUUGGAGUGCCCAAUCAACCUACCAUUCAUGUUUUUGGAAUGUGGGAGGAAACCAGAGUACCCGGAGAAAACCCACGCAGGCACUGGGAGAACAUGCAAACUCCACACAGGGAGGCCGGAGCCAGAAUUGAACCCUGCACAUCUGCAUUGUGAGGUCGACGUGCUAGCAAAUUUAACACAAUGCCGCCCUCAGAAGUAACAAUUUUGUUCAAAAUAUUUAAUAAAUCAUCUCAUGGUCGUUGCGCCUCCUAGCUUUUCCCUACAAACAAUAUGAUUUGUUCAUGUUGUCCUUUGAAGUGCGCUAUUUAAAAAAAAUAUCACAAUUUCCAAAUUGUGUGAUUUCAAAAUGAAUGUCAACAUGAAAAGUUUGAUAAAGCUCACCGGUAAGGCUCACACGUGCCAACUACUCUUGUGGCACGCCCAUGCCGGCGACCAGUGUUUGUCAUGUUUACAAUAAGUACCACCUAAAUUCAUUUACACUUAUUUGUCGACCCAAAAUAAAAUAAAAACAGACUCACGGUAUGAUUCCUAAAAAUCAACAUUAUUCUAAGCCUCUGCAACCUUAUGUGCAGUUUGAACAGAGACACUGUGCUUCAAAUUUCGAGAAAAAAAAUACUUACAAAGUGACUCAAUUAAAAUUGUGUUUGCAUAUACAAAGUUAAACAAAAAUGUACCUCAAUAAUACGAUUAUAGAUGAAAUGUAAAUGUACGAAGAAUAAAAAGGGAGCUGCUUUUGGGCAGUGAUUGUUUUCGUGUACGCUAAAAGGACCCCAUCGACAACCAGUGGUGCUCGUCCCAGACUUUGAGGACCACUGUUGUUGACUGCAUAGAUAGUCCUGUAUCGUCCACCUUUAGCCUGGAGCCAAACGGCAGAGGCUCCACCUGCUGUGAGGAUCUGAGGCGUAGACAAUGGAUGGAUGGAUGGAUGGAUGGAUGCACCAUCAAACAAUUGUUUUUUUUUCUUGAUUUCAGGAAAGAAUGAGUGAAUUCAUGAUAGUUGAAUGAAUUUAUAAAAAAAUGUGAAAUCAAGAGGAUCUUAAUUCCUAUAUGAAAACAUGGUACAUCUACGUUUUAACUGUUUAUCUUCACCUCAUCUUCGAGUGAGCUGACCCAUUUGUGGGUUUUCAAAAUCGAGCACAUUUUGCCUAUCGUGCACUCGAUUUUGAGACUUAAGCACAAGCCGUUCCUCUUCUGUCCAUUUUUUUGAUUGAAGCGCUGCUGGAUUUAUUCGUGAGCUUUGUGCAGGCUUGUCGGGACGAGCUAUUGUUGUUGUUAUCCGUUGUGCAACAGCUGUAUUGUUCCUUGAAUAAUUGGGAUCGCCGCGUUUCAUUUUUUUUCUCCUUGGUCAGCAAGUAAGCUACUAGUUUUGUCGACCAAGAUCAAUGACUUUGCUCAGAUAAGCGGAAAGGGAGAGCGAGGGAGCAAGCGAGCAAGCGGGGACGACAAGAAGACGAGAGAGAGAGAGAGGGCGAGAGAGACAGGCAACUUGGCGUGAGGACGCCAUGCAUGGCGAGUCGACUGAAGGUAUGCAAAACACCUCUGGUUCCUUAUCCGGGUACCUCUAGGUCGGCUGCGAUUGGCUGGCCGCGUCACGUGGUAAAAGUAACUUUACAGCGCUGCUCGCAAGUAGGAGGGCUUUAUGGAGCAGAAAAACGACAAAGCUAGAAAAUUUAUUUUGCACUCCAGAAAUUAAUGACCAUGAGCUCGUAUUUGAUGGAGUCCAACUACAUUGAUCCGAAAUUUCCUCCAUGUGAGGAAUAUUCGCAAAACAACUACAUCCCUGAGCACAGUCCCGAAUAUUACGGCCGCGCCAGGGAUCCAGGAUACCAGCCGCAGCAGCAACAGCAGCAUCACCACCAGCAGCAGGACUUGUAUGCUGCGCAGCGGGCCAACUACCAAGAACGCCAGUACAACUGCGCAAGCAUCCCCGAGCCCGACACGCCGAGGGGACACGCGGGAAUAGCCCACUCGGCGCACCUCCUCGCAGGCAAGGGCCAGCCCGCCUCGUGCGAGACCCCCCAGUUGUCCAUGUCCCCCGCCACCCCGCCGGCCGCAGCCUCCGCCUGCAACCAAGCCCUCCCGGAGCAUCCCAACAGCGCCGCCACCUCGUCCAAGCAGCCCGUGGUCUACCCGUGGAUGAAGAAAAUUCACGUCAGCACCGUGAACUCGGGCUACAACGGGACGGAGCCCAAGCGGUCUCGGACAGCAUACACCCGCCAGCAGGUCUUGGAACUGGAGAAGGAGUUCCACUAUAACCGCUAUUUGACUCGGAGGAGGCGCAUCGAGAUCGCCCACACGCUGGUCCUGUCCGAGCGGCAGAUCAAAAUCUGGUUUCAGAACCGCAGGAUGAAAUGGAAAAAGGACCACCGGCUGCCCAACACCAAAGUGCGCUCGUCGUCGUCCUCGUCGUCGUCGGCGUCGUCGUCGUCGUCGUCCGGCUCCGGCAUCGCCUCGACAGCCGGCGCGGUGGCCCCUUGCUCCGCCAGCAACGCUGCGGCGGCCUCCGACGAAUUGAGCGCAGCGCAGCAGCACGGCGACGACAUGACCAGGUUAUAAAACCACACAUGGACGACGCAGGCGGAAAACGAAAACACAAUAGAACUGCUUAUUUAUAGAAUGAUGAGAUAUUCUGGUUCUAUUUGAUCUAUUUAUUUUGUUUUGUCGUAGCCAUCGUGUGCGGUUUCCUCCAAGUCCGACGUUAUAUAAAAUGCAUGUUAUAUAGCAUGGAGUACUGCGAAUAGCGAUGCAUUCUUUUAUACGUGAAACAGGGUUUAAUUUAUUUGAAACUCAUUUGAAAUUGUUUUUAUUCUCUUUUGAAUGAAGGAAAAAAUGCAGAUGAUACAUUUAAUCCAAAUAUUCUUGUGGGCCAUUCUUUUGCCCAAGUGAAAUGCACAAUCUAUUUAUUUCAAACACUGGAAGGACAUCAAAGUCGUUAUUUUUGGUAUUAGGGGGGAGGGGGGGGACAAGCUGAAACACACCACUGAUCUUGAACUUGUAUGUUUAGGAUACAAAUGUGACAAUUACCUCGUGUAUUUCAGAAAGAGGAUUUUUUUUUAUUUACAGUUUGGUUUCGUGGUGUUGGUGUUGUGUUUAGGACCUUUUAAAAACGGACUAUUGUGAAAUGCAAUAAACGGAGUGUACUUGUGCAAAUCAUAUUGCUCAAUAAAAUAGUGAGUGUCAUCUAUA